ACAUAAGGUCAUCAGCCUCCCUGACCAAACUGGUCGCCCCCUCAUUUCCUGAAAUCAGCCUGACUGAAUAACAGGAAAGACUUUCAUGUAGUUAAUAAUUAUCCUAACAUUAUGAGACCACAAUUUCAACAUAAAAAGAUUAUAUAAAGCCGCAUCCUGACGGGAAAAAAAAGUCAUAAUACAACAGAAUGAAGAUCUCUGUGAGUUUUACGCUGUGGCUGCUGCUCGGCGCCGUCUUCGCAGAAGUAAGUACCGAUUCCUCUCAAGACAUCUUCGUUGCGCUGAGAGAGAUGACCGCCUCGUUGGUUCAACUGAAGGCGGACAUGAUUGCAGGUCAAGCACAGCUGAAGACUGAAAUGGACAUCCUGAAGCAACAACAGCUAGUCCGACAGGUUGCAUUCUCAGCCGGUCUGCUGGCUGUAGGCCAAGUAGCAACUAUUGGACCCUUUCCCACAAACACCCCUCUGAUCUUCAAACACGUCCCCACCAACAUUGGAAAUGCCUACAACUCAAACACAGGUGUGUUCACUGCCCCGGUGAGAGGAGCGUACCACUUUGAGUGGUGGAUCGGUGCAGUUGGAGACGGCAGACACUCUGUACUUGCUGUGUUGGUCAAGAACUCAGAGGGUGUUUUCACGGCAUACGAGAGUCAGACAGCCGGUUAUAUGAGUGCUUCUAAUGGCGUUACGCUGCUGCUGGAGGUGGGAGACACCGUGUUUGUGCGUCUGUGGGCUGGCCAUAGGGUGUAUGACGAUGGAGGUCACCGCACCACCUUCAGUGGUCAUCUGCUGUUCCCCAUGUAAGACAGAAACAGCAGCUCUGUGAUAAUCACACAGGGUUUUGUUGUCUUAAACAAGUCAAAUUUUAAAGUGAUUAAUGUUUCUGAUUCUCUCUUGUUUCUGUCAUUUUAAUCAAAUAAUAAACAUAUAUCAUUUCAAUUA